CGCCGGCAGCAGUUGUGCGCGCGGCUUCCGCUUCCGGUGGGGCAGUCGGCACCGGAGCUGCGCAGCGGCGGGAGAGCGGCGCGGCCGGGAACGAUGAUCGAAGUCGUCUGCAACGACCGUCUGGGCAAGAAGGUGCGGGUAAAAUGCAACACCGAGGACUCUAUCCGCGACCUGAAGAAGCUGAUAGCGGCGCAGACAGGGACCCGCUGGGACAAGAUCGUGCUCAAGAAAUGGUACACGAUCUUUAAGGACCACGUCACGCUCGGAGACUAUGAGAUCCAUGAUGGCAUGAACCUGGAGCUCUACUACCAGUAGCUGCAGCGCCCUCCCCCUUCCCUUCCCUUCCCUUCCCGCCUCGUGUAGCUGAUGCCUUCCCUUUCAUGCGGCUGGAGAGCCGGGAGCCCUGGCUGUGCCUGCACCCCCAGAUUUGUGCCAGCACCCCUGGAUUCGCUCAUGGAGGCAAUAAACGCGCUGCAGCCUCUCGGAGGCGUUUUCACUAGUUUCUAAUAAACGUAUCCCUCGA